AUGAAUUUUAUAUCAUGGAAAUUUACUGUAUUAAUAAAAGAAAAUGCAACAAUAAAUAAUUUAGCAAGGUAUGAUCAACAAAUACCAAUAAUAUUCCUUGCUGACGGAACAACUUAUUAUGAUGCAACGACGAUACCAAAUGAAAAUCAUAAUCAAAUUGAAUUAAGAGAAGAUGAAUAUCUUGUUAGUCCAGUAUCUUCAGGUUUAUAUGAAGGAAAAGUAAGAAUCGUUUAUGAUCCAAUUACUUAUCAAUUAGAACCUGAAUAA